AUGACGUCGAACACGGCGCUCGAACCCAAGGACUCGCGCAACGCGUUUCAAGCUCAAGCUCUCUCCCUCGCCGCCCUCUCCAAGCCGUCGACCAAGGAGCAGACGCGACUCGCGCGCGAGGCGGUAGACAGUCCUUUGAAGGCCCGGCCGCACUACUCACCCUGCUUGAGGCCACCUGAGCGCACUCCGCCCCAAUGCCAGCCGACCACCCUACUCUCCCCCCACUUCUCCGUCAACGCUGCGAUCGACGCCACCCGUGCCCCCAGCGGCCAGCGCACACCCUCGCCCCCACCGACGCUUUGUAACCCGUCCCCGAUGAUGGCCUACACACGGGCCGGGACGCGCACCGAGCUCGUCCCGAGCACCAUCAACUCGACGUCCACGGGCAGUCGCCCGCGCCGUCCGGGACAGCUCGACUCGCUCGUCCUCCUCGCGGCGCGCCCGACGAGCGCGAGCACGGGGGCGACGCUCUGCCUGGAGAGCGGUGCACCUGUGGCCAUCACGGUCUUCGUCGUUGCGGCCACGAAUGUGCCCCUCGUCGCCCUCGCCAUCCUCGCCGUUAAGCUCCUCCUCGUUGUCUUCGUCAAGCACCAGGGUUUCGAGCUCCCACCCCCGGCGCCCUAUUAG